GCGGCGGCGCGAACGGCUGCGAGGAGGGUGGCUCCGGCUCGGGCUCCCGCGACCUCCGCGACCCCCCGCGCAGGGCCCUGCGGGACGCGGCGCCGCGGGGCUGGAGGAUGCGGCCGCGGCCCGGGGGCUGCAGCAGCGGGAAGCCGGGGCGCUGCAGGUCAGCAGUUGAGUAGCUGGGGCCCCCCCGAGGGCUUGAAGCCUUCCCAGUGAUGGCAGAGAAGCGGCCACUGGGGACCCUGGGGCCUGUGAUGUAUGGCAAGCUGCCCCGUCUAGAGGCAGACUCCGGGCCCGGGCACAGCCUGCCCCCCUCUGCUGGCAACCAGGACCCCUGCAGCUACAAGGGUGCUUACUUCUCCUGCCCUAUGGGGAGUGCUCCCAAGGCAGGGUCUGAGCGGUUAGCAUCCUGGAUCCCAUAUCCACCCUUGUACCCUGCCAGCAUGGCAGGCCCCCCUCUGCGGACAGACAACCUGUUGACCAGCUGUCUGCUCUACCGCCCACCAGCGGAGAGCUCCGAGAAGGUGCAGGACCCUGGCCCUGUUGAGCUCCUGUCCUUCGGUCCCCAGUCUCAUUCCUACCCAGCCCCACCGUUGGCGGCACCCAAACCUGUCUACCGCAACCCUCUGUGUUACGGGCUCUCACCCUGCCUGGAGGAAGGGGCAGCGAAGAGGCCACUGGAUGUCGACUGGACAAUGGUGACUGGACCUCUGUUACCCCCGGCUGAACCACCUUGUUCCCUGACGCCGGCUCCUGGCAAGGGCCAGUCCCUGGAUGGCACCUUCUUGCGUGGGGUGCCAGCUGAGGGACCCGGCAAAAACUCCGUAAGCUUCUCCCCGUGCCAGGCCUUCCUGGAGAAGUACCGGACCAUCCACGGCACGGGCUUCCUGCCCUCUAAGUAUGCAGGUCCUUACUCUGGGGACUCUAAGCAGGCGUUGUCCGAGGGACCCCCCAGCCCUUGGACCCAGCUGGCCCAACCCCUGGGCCCCGCCUGCCAGGAUACAGUGCCUACCCACUACCCGCUCCCCCACCCUCCCCAGGCCCUGCCUUGCCCAUCAGCCUGCCGCCACCCAGAGAAGCAGGGCAGCUACGGCGCAGUGCUCCCACUACAGCCUCUGGGAGCCCACAAGGGGGCUGGGUACCCGGCUGGUGGGCUGAGCAGUCCCUACCUGAGGCAGCAGGCAGCACAGACACCCUAUAUGCCCCCAGUGGGCCUGGACACUUUUUCCUGCCCCUCUGCCCCCCCGCCAGCACCCUCACCAGGCCUCAAGCUGGAGCCGCCUCUCGCUCCCCGGUGCCCCUUGGACUUUGCCCCCCAGACGCUGAGCUUUCCCUAUGCCCGGGAUGACCUCUCUCUCUAUGGAGCAUCCCCCGGGCUUGGAGGGACGCCACCUUCCCAAAACAACCUACAGGCUGUGCCCCAGCCCAGUGCCUUCCAGCGGGCGUGCCAGCCUCUGUCCGCCAGCCAGCCAUGCCCCGAGCCUGGGAGGCCUGUGGAGAAGCCAGCCCAGGAGGCAGAGGAGAAGAUGUGGCUGCCAAGCUGCAGGAAAGAGCAGCUCCAGCCCCAGCUUGACGAGCGCCCCGGAGCGCCCAUCGUCAUCGGCGACAGUCCGGUUCCCCACACCCCCCUGGGACUCGCGCCCUGUGCCCAGGAGUGCGGGGCUCUUCCACAGAGUGACGGCGCACUGCCACCCGGCUCGCCACCCAUGCCUGUCAUCGACAAUGUCUUCAGCCUGGCCCCGUACCGUGACUACCUGGAUGUGCAGGCACCCGAGGACCCCGCUGAGCCCGCCCCGGCCCCAGCCCCCAGCGGGAGCCCCGCAAAGGACGGUGGGGCACCCCUGGCCGCACGGGAGGCGCCCGCAGAGCCCCUGGGCUCCCGCAGAGAGGAGGUAGCACUGGACCUAAGCGUGAAGAGGCCGGUGCCCGAGGCGCCCAUCGGGGCCCCCAGUCCCGCCGCGCCUGCCCAGCCGCCCGCGGCCCCCGAGGCGCCAGGUGCGGGCAACGCACUCCCGGAGCUGCCAGACUUGGCAAAGGCAGCCCCCGAGGCCACGGGGUCCCCUGUACCGGCGACCACCGACGAGGCCGCCCCCAGGACCAACUUCCACAGCUCCGUGGCCUUCAUGUUCCGAAAAUUCAAGAUCCUCCGGCCCGCACCCCUGCCUGCGGCCUCGGCCCCAGCCGCACCGGCCGCGCCCUCCGCGGCUGCGCCCCCCGCGCCUCCCCCCGCGUCCGUGCCCCUUGGGCUGCAGAUUCUCAGCCCACCGCUGCCCGUGGCCUGCUUCAACCUAGCGCUGCCCAGCCCGCCCGCCGUGGCCCUGGCGUCCCGGGCCCUGGCCCCCGCCCCGGCCCCCGCCCCGGCCGCCCCCGCCACCAGCUCCCCAGAGCAGCACUUCACGGGCCUGCACGCAUCCCUGUGUGAUGCCAUCUCGGGCUCCGUGGCCCACUCCCCGCCCGAGAAGCUGCGGGAGUGGCUGGCCACGGCGGGGCCCUGGGGCCGGGCAGCAUGGCAGGACUGCCAGGCGGUGCAGGGGCUGCUGGGCAAGCUGCUGUCGCAGCUGCAGCGCUUCGUGUGCACCCAGCAGUGCCCCUUCCCCCACGUGGUGCGCGCCGGGGCCAUCUUCGUGCCCAUACACCUGGUGAAGGAGCGCCUCUUCCCGAGGCUGCCCCCCGCCUCCGUGGACCACGUGCUGCAGGAGCACCGCGUGGAGCUGCGGCCCACCACACUGUCUGAGGAGCGGGCACUGCGCGAGCGGGCCCUGCACGGCUGCACGUCGCGCAUGCUCAAGCUGCUGGCGCUGCGCCAGCUGCCUGACAUCUACCCGGACCUGCUGGGCCUGCAGUGGCGGGACUGUGUCCGCCGCCAGCUGGGUGACUUUGACACUGAGGCUGGAUCUGUGCCCUCCUCAGAACCCACCAUGGCCAGAGACGAGCCGGAGAGCCUAGCCCUGGCUUGGAAGUCACCCAUCCCCAAGGCCAGGAAGCCAGGGAGGAAGCCACCAACCCCUGGCUUGGAGAAAGCAGAGGCAGCCCUUGAGGAAGGGGCCUGCAGUGCCUCACCCGCCCCUGCCACCAGCACCUGCCCCCAGGGCCCCAUACUAAGGGCCCGCUUCCGCAGCCUGCUAGAAGCUGCCUGGCUCAAUGGCCUGGCACUGCCCACUUGGGGCCACAAGGCCACAGGGCCGGAUCGGUCCAUGCCCCAGCCACAGGCGCUGGGCAACCAGAGCCAUCCCCUGUAGCGCUGGUUGCUGUCUGGACAGCUGCCGUGUGGGGUCACCCUCUGUACCCCUACCUGCUAUAGGCCUGGUUGCCCAGGGCCAGAAGCAGACAUGCCCUGGGAGCUUCUCCUCUUGCUGCCACCUUCACACCCCAUGGGGCUGAGAGCCCCCGAACUUUUAACUUGAGGGCCUUUAUUAUUAGGACAACUUCCUGUUUCUUCCUGAGAGAAAACGUGUGGGCUUUGGAGCUCACCAGACUCGGGCUCAAUCCUGGCUCCGGUGUUCCUUGCUGUAUGACCAGGCAAGUUACUUCCUCCUGUGAGCCCUCAGUUCUCCAUUUGUAAGAUAGGACAACGCAGCCUACCUCACAGGGUUGUUGUGGGGGUGAUGCCUGGCACACACCCAUUCAGGUUUGCUCUCUGCUCCCUCCCCAGGACAGGGGCCUGGAUCUCAGCCAGGGCCUGGGAUAGGAGGCUAAGGCAAGCAGAACCUUCUAGAAAGUCUUCGUGUGUCAUAGGUCAUUUAGGGUGGUACAGUGUACAGUGUGGAUGACUUCUACUUCCUAGAGUCCUUUCCCGGGAAAGCUUGGGACUGUGCCCCAGCGUCUGGGAUUGGGCCCUGACCCCCAGCCUGGAGCUCCUUGGGGAAGCCUGCCCCUUCCCUCCGUCACUACAGGGGGUGCCAGGAUGCAGCCUGCGGCUGGCAUCCGUGUUCUGGGCCUGCUGCUCUUACCUCUGGGGGGGCCCCAGGCCGGUCCUGAAUCGACACCCAUGACUUCCCUGAGCUGCCUCCUCCACCUGGUGCGUUUUUCCAAGAAAGUUGUACGUUUGCUGGAAGCCAAGAGGCUGCAGGGACUCAGGGACGAGACGAGACAGGCUGAAUGACAGCUCAAUCCUGGGCGGUCUCCGAAGAUCUGGACUGGUGGCCUCAGCCCUCCCCAAGCCAGAGCCCCAUCGGUCAUGCCUGCUCUGAGUUACCUCCUUGCAGAGUGCUAAACUGAGCCAGAGGCUGGCAACCUUGGCCUUUGGCCUGGCUAAGGUUUCUAAGAAGGCUGUGGGUCCUGGAGGCAGGCCAUUAAACAUUAAAGCGUUUGGGUUGUUUUUGGA